UGUCAGUCAGAGUGCCGGGCUCGCUGAGGGAUGCGGGGCCCCCGGCCAUGGUGUACGCCGUGCUGCUGUCCGCGCUGGCGGGCUGCCUGCUCACGCUGCUCGCGCUGCUCGCGCAGUGUUUCGUGCUGUACCGGCGGCGGGAGCGGCCCCCCUGCCGAGCUCCCCCCCCUCCCCCUCUCCCGGGCCGGGCUGUGCGGCCGGACGCCUCCCUGCGGGAUUACCUGCGGGCCGGGGGUGGAGGAGCCGGGCCCCCCCCGGAGAGCUGCCACUUCCUGAACGCCAUCUUCCUCUUCCUGUUCCGGGAGCUCCGGGACUCCGCGCUGCUCCGCCGCUGGCUGGCCAAGAAGAUCCGCGUGGAGUUCGAGGAGCUGCUGAGGAGCCGCACGGCCGGCCGCCUGCUGGAGGGACUCAGCCUGCGGGAUAUCAGCCUGGGAGACUCGCUGCCCGUCUUCCGCUCCGUGCGGCCGCUCCCCGGGGGCGGGGCUGGGGGCAGCGGGGGCGGGGCUGGGGGCGGCGCCUCCACCGAGCCAGGCCCCCCCGACCCGCCCCCCGGCCCCGGCGGGCUCCCCGAGGAGCUGAGCUUCGAGCUGGAGCUGGAGUACAAUGGCGGCUUCCACCUGGCCAUCGAUGUGGAUUUGGUGUUCGGGAAGUCGGCCUAUCUGUUCGUCAAACUGUCCCGGGUGCUGGGCCGCCUCCGCCUGCACUUCAGCCGCCUGCCCUUCAGCCACUGGGCCUUCUGCUUCCUGGACGAACCGCUCAUCGACUUCGAGGUCCAGUCCGAGUUCGAGGGCCGGCCCAUGCCGCAGCUCACCUCCAUCAUCGUCAACCAGCUGAAAAAGGUGAUCAAGAGGAAGCACACCCUGCCGCACUACAAGAUCAGGUACAAGCCAUUUUUCCCAGUUCAAGUCCAGUCUCCUACUGGUAUUGACUUGGAGGAGCAAAACCUGACUUUACAAGACCUGGGUUUAACAGAAGGCCGUCUAAAAGUGUCUUUAGUAGACUGCACCAGGCUUCUGAUAUUCGGAUCGUAUGACCUGGAGACUUAUAUUCACUGUACCCUAGAAAUCAGCAGCAGCCAGUGGAAAGAAAAAACUAGAACUUCAGUUAAGACGGUGGAAUUAAUUAAAGGGAAUUCUCAAAGCAUCGGACUGAUCAUGGUACAAGCUCGAGAUGGAGACACUGGCCAUGUCUGCGUAGAGAGUGUAACUCCGAACUCUCCGGCAGCUAUUGCUGAUCUGAAAAAGGGAGAUCGUCUGAUUGCUAUAGGAGGUAUCAAAGUGACUUCAUCUGUUCAAGCCUCGAAGCUUAUCAAACAAGCUGGAGAUAGAGUUCUUGUAUUCUAUGAAAGACCUGCUGGUCAAAAUCAGCAUGGUGGCGGCGGCUUGCAAGAGACAUUUGGGCAGUUGGAAGAUUCCACUUUUGGACCAACACCAUUUACUCCAAAUUUUGAGGAGGAUUCAACAAGCUUGCUUGUAGAUACUGAAAACAAAGAGUUGGACUCAGAGUUUGAGGAUCUUGCCUGCGAGAUCAAGCCUACUGGAGAGCUGAAGGAGGAUGUUUUCCUUCCAGUAUCUCAAAGUCCUAAACGUGUUGUGGCAAAUCUUUCUACUAAACCUAUGGGUUCGAUAUCACCUAUUCUAAAUAGAAAGAUGAACUUGCCAAGUUACCAAACUUCUUCAAAAACCCAGGCAAAACCCACCAAGACGGUUCCUCCAGAAAACCAAGAUUCUGUACAGCAAAACAGGCUUUUAACAGGAUCUAGUAACAGACCACCUGUACCCCCAAGGCCCCAAGUAAAACUUACCUUAACUACCUGUGAAACUAUAAGCGCUUUGGAAACUACAGAGCCUGUUGUGGAUAAACCAGAGAAGCCACUUCCAACAUCCACAAAUGGUGACAAGCUGGCAGAGAAAUCUGUAAAACCUGUGGAACUAGUGGAUGAGGUUGCUCCCCAGAAAGCCAAUACGCUGAAGCAGGAUGCUGCAAAGGAUAAAGUAUCAGAAAGUUCUGCGAGCACAAAGGAUAGUGUAGAUGAUCAGCAUGUCUGGGAAUCUCCAGAAGUGCUGUUUAAGAAUCGUCAAGGCCGUUGGCCCAGAUCAUCAUGUCUCUUCGAAGUCGAAGGCUACCACAGAUACUUGAAUGUAGCUCUAUGGUGCAGAGACUCUUUUAAGACAGGGAGUCUUUGUUGUGUAGGACAUGUCAGUAUCAAACUAGAAGACAUUGCAUUAGAAUGCCUCUCAACAACAUCCCUGGAGUAUCUUACAACCUUCAGGUUGAAUGCCCCGGAGCCCAAAGCAGCAGUCAGCAGAACAGCUUUAAGAAGUCUAAGUAUGCACAAGGGAUUUAAUGAAAAGUAUUGCUAUGGGGACAUCACUUUGAACUUCAAGUAUUUGAUGGAAGGAGAGUCUGAGAAUUCUAGCAUGCAGCUCGAAAAAGAAAGAGAUGUCAGCUUUAUGGAAGACAUGGCCCUGCUUCAGAAAGAAGAGGUGCAAAUGUCCCACAUGGUUUUUACUGAAACCAAACACAAUUUCCAAGAUACACAGUUUCAGAAUUCUACCCUUUGCGAUCACUGUAAGAAAAAAGUGUGGACUAAAGCUGCCUCGCAGUGCAUGACUUGUGGCUAUGUUUGCCAUAAGAAAUGCCAAGAGAAAUGCUUAGCGGAAAAUCCAUAUUGUGUAGCUUUAGAAAAGAGAGCUGAUCUUGAAUCUAAAUCUUUGGGCAAUAGAACUACGGGUAUUACCAGACAUAUCAUAAACACCAGUUCCCGUCUCUUAAAUUUACGUCAAGCCCCCAAAACACGGCAGCCAGAGCAAGGCAGUGAUCUUGUGGAGCCUUCUCCAAAGCACACUCCAAACACUUCUGACAACGAGAGCAGCGACACAGAGACAGGUGGUGCAAACAGCCCUUCUAAGAGAGCUUCCAGUGGAACAGGAAAGCUUGUCCGAAAAGAAGGCGGCUUGGAUGACAGUGUUUUUAUCGCUGUUAAAGAAAUCGGCCGUGAUCUCUACAGAGGACUGCCAACUGAAGAAAGGAUCCAGAAGUUGGAAUUCAUGUUGGACAAACUGCAGAAUGAGAUAGAUCAAGAACUGGAACAUAACAACUCGCUAUUGAAGGAGGAGAAAGAAGCCACUGACACUAGGAGAAAAGCACUUCUUUCUGCGGCUUUGUCCAAAUCCGGAGAGAGGCUCCAAGCUCUCACCCUCCUUAUGAUUCAUUAUCGAGCUGGUAUUGAGGACAUUGAAUCUUUAGAAAACUCCUCUUUGGCACAGCCCAGGAAAACUGCUAAAUACGAGGAGGAAUCUGUGGCUACAUUAGAAGUGGAGAACAAUGAUGAAGAUGAGCUUGUUCAGGAGGAGCAGGAAGUGUUAAGCUACAUAUCUGAACAAAAGCCCCUGGACUCCCCAGAAGCAGAGUAGCCUUUGGAAGUGCUCUCUAAAACUUUUUUUUUUUUUUUUUUUUUUUUUAACCACGGAUAUAAAAUUACAAAUAAUAUAUUUGCACUCCAAUCAACAUAAUGUAUUGUCUGCAUCUAAAGUAACAAGCAGAAGGCAGAACAGGUUCACAGUGCAUCCGGAGAGGUAGCCAAUAAUUCCAUAGUAAGGGUUCACAAAGUGGAAGCCUCCAACCUGGAUUGGAACUGGUACUACGGAUGGUGUACAUAUCAGUCAGGAACUAUAGCAGGCUCAAUAUAGCCAUUGAUGGUCCAAAUGACUGUGCUAGCAAACUGACAUUCGAAAGCUCUGUGAUAAAGUUUGUCAAUUUAAAUGGGCUUUAGUUUGUUUCACAGACUGCGGCCAAACGCAGUAUACUAGAAUUGGGAAUGCAAUGCUGGCUCCACCUUAGAGAUACAUAUAUAUCUAUUUUGCUGUUCUCAUGCACCGUAACUUGUAUAUUUAGUUGCUCAGAUUAAUUCUUUAUAAAUCCAUCUCUAGCUGCCAUCCACAUUUUAUUUAUAUUUUAUCAUCUGUGUAUUAUGUGUCACAUGAAAGAAUAGAAUAUAUUUGGGAGAAUUAAGAAAAAAGAUAAAUAUAUAUACACACUAUGUGAUUUCAUAUGAAAGCUGAUUCUAUAAUAAAGUAAGACUGAGAACAGUCAAGAGAAGGACAUUUUCAGUGCUACAUGGUGUCAUUCCAGUGUAAACCAUAGCAACCAAAGAUUUAUAGUAAAGUUGAAGAUGUUAAUAAUCCCUUUUCCAGCGUACAGCAGAUGGAAUGAAUCCAGGUGUAGCAGCGCUCUGAUGGGAAUAGCAGGAUACUCGUUUACACACAAACGUUCAUUCUUAACGAUAUACAGAUUUUUGGCAGACUGAAGUAAAGGUGAAGCAUACCUUCAGUUUUUGUACUCUCCUUUCUCCAUACAAUUUCAGAUUGUAAUUUAACAUUAUGUAAACCUCUUUCACUAAGCAUGCAGGACUAGAUGGUUUACGUUAGGAGUGUUAAUGUGAGUGAGGAUCUUUGCAAUACUCUGACCCUCUCCCUUCAUUACAUAGGGGUAUAGCAUAUAGAGAUGGUAUGGGUUUUACAAUUCACUCAUACGCAGUAAAAGACCAGUAACAAUGCUUUUAAAUGGGAUUAUGUUGGUAAUUUGUCAGGGUUUUUUUUAUGCAAAUGAAGUGGCGUUGGCGUAAGGCACUUUGGUAAACGGAUAAAGAGGUAAAUGGAUGUGCUCACGUUGAACUUGGAGUAAUAUCAGGCGAGUGUCCCAGGCUAUAUGAAUGUAGCUCACUCUCCAUAUUCUGUCAGUCUAUACAACUUGGGUCCCAUGGGCCGAUUUAUAUCCAUUUCUAGUUUCCUGAAACGCACUAUUCCUUCAUUUCAUCUUAUAGGGACCCUAUAGGUAGGUCAUGGCUUCAAACAUGAUGUUUUGGGGAAGGUAUGACCAUUCUAGUGCUUGUCUGAGCACUACCCCUUGUAGGGGAUGUGAUAAACCCACCUUGUUCAGUUUGUGUGCUGAUUAAACAAAUUGUCUACAUUUUGACCGAAACAUUUUUUACAAGUUACAAAUUGAUGAUCAUGAGAUUUCUCUAAAAUUCCUUAAUACCUCUUUAGAUAAUGCACACUGUUGGGACACUGGACAGAAAGGAAUUGAUUGAUUAAUUCUUGUACCGUCAUGGAAUUAGUCUUAUUGCGUGCAUUGCAUAAACCAAAACCAAGAUCCUUUCAUUUCACAACAGGCGCCCGUGUUCAGAUUUAGUUUACGAUUCAUUUUUUUGUAUCAGAAUUUUAAGCUAAAAUAGAAAAGAAAAUCUCCAGUUCAGCAUUUUUUUAUUUUUUUUGUUCAGGUCUUCUAGCCCAAGAUUUGCAGUCCUUUAUUGCUUUCACACUUCACAUUUUCCAGGGUUUUGUUUAGUUGUAGAAUUUGAAUUGUGGAAGCUUUAACAAAGAAGGAUUUUACAAUAUUUCAACUCCUCCUUUAUCAGUUUUCAAGCUACACAUAAUGACUUCAUUUUAGGAUAACCACAAAAAAUAGCUACUAUUGCAACUUAAACCAUCUCUAAAACGUGUAAAUAAAGAAUCUGUUCUUAUAAUUAUUGGGGUCCCAUUUUAUUCAUAUGGGGAGCCAUCAUUCUAACCCAUAGCAUCCGUAAUUGGUUGUGGACAUGACUCAUGGUUUCCCUUUGUGUCCCUGUGCACCAUGGGAAAUGUAGGCUUCAAAUGCUGCAGUGCCAAAUGUUUGCCAUUGCUGCAUUGUGUUACUAGAUACGACGAAUACAAUAUUGCAGCUAAACGUAAUCGGCAUCCUCUUGCCGAUCACCUGAACUUUCCACGUACCCGGAAAUUAUUCUUUCUGGUUUCGAAGUCGCUGUUGAUCCUGAUAUUUUUGAUCAUUUACUAAAUAAUUAUUCUGAGAUGAAAUCUAAUUUAUUCUUAGCAAUUCAGGUUAUCCUGGAAUCUGUCUUGGGACGGGCCCUCUUUCAGUAAUUACAUUUCCUCCUAGACCUAGAGCAUACACAAUUUAAUUUGUUAAUUGGGAUUUAUAAAGAAUUUUAAGCCAAAGGCGCACUAUCACCAGAAAAGGGUUUAUGUUGGUAGUGCAUAUUAAAUGACAGAAUUGGCAAGAUUGGGAGUUUAUGGACAAAGGUUAAAUUGUUUGGAAUAUCAAACCUACGGUAUAUAGUUUACCUAUAGACUAUCUUUGUCUUCCAGCUUCAGUUAUCCCAGUAUCUCCUGUUUUGACCAUAACAAUUCCUGUAGAAAUCUACAUCCAAGUGAACGCUUCAAGCUAACAUACAGCAAUGUCACCCAUUUCUAUUGCACCCGUUAUUACCGCUCUGUCACCGGCUGGGGGGGUCACUUCAUCACUAUAGCAUUUGUUUGGACUUGUUUUUGUAAUUGUCUUUCAUGCAUCGGACGGGCUGGGGAAACAAAUCGGUUAAUAUGAUGCUGCUAAUUACCAUUUAUCUUUUGUAACGUUUAAAAUAAAUGUAGUGCAAUAUUUUUUAUAUACAUUAAAGGAAACGACGAUGUCACUGGGGAAAAGAGAAUAUACAAAACUGUCUUGAUCCUGCUGCAGUGAAUUGUGUUUUAACUGGAAAAGGAUGUAAUCUUUUACAUUCAUAAUGUAAUCUUUACAACAAUGCUUGAUUGUAAAUAGCUUCAGUAAUAAAACAAUUAAUUGCA